UUUGCGGCAGUGGCUAAUGGGUAUAUCCGCUGUUCGUUCUGGAACUGAUCGCAGAAGCAGGAUGCUCAGCGGUUUAUUCCAUUGGACGAAUGCAAGAUGGCGGACCGGGAAGACUGUGAGGAUGACAGCGAUUUCUUUCGUACUUUUGCUGAGGUUCCGUUAUGCCCACCGGAAAAAAGACACAUGUGCGCGAGGUGCAAGAGACCACUUUCAGUGUGUCUGUGCGCGCAUUUCCCAAGAAAGUUUCUUCAAAUCUCAACAACAGUUCAUAUACUGCAACAUCCUCGUGAGGAGUCCCGACUUUUGACAACUGUUCCAUUACUGGAGGUCUGUUUGCCUCCAGAGAAACUUGUCAUUCGACGUGGAAGAAGGUUUUAUGAAAAUAACUGGCCUGACCUUCACAAACUACUGAACAAGCCUACAACACUUCUUUUAUAUCCUGGACCAACAGGUUUGUCAAUUUUAGUUUUAUUUCAUUUAACAGUAACAUUACAUUUGAAUAAAAUUGAUAAUAACAUGUAUAAUACAGCAAAGUGUAUUGUGCAUUUGACAUCGUUCUCCUCUGACAGCAAUCUUGUUAAGCUUUUCUCUCAGCCCACCCAUCUGCCUUGUCUUCAUGGUAAGUAUAUGAAGCAGGAUGCUCAGCGGUUUAUUCCAUUGGACGAAUGCAAGAUGGCGGACCGGGAAGACUGUGAGGAUGACAGCGAUUUCUUUCGUACUUUUGCUGAGGUUCCGUUAUGCCCACCGGAAAAAAGACACAUGUGCGCGAGGUGCAAGAGACCACUUUCAGUGUGUCUGUGCGCGCAUUUCCCAAGAAAGUUUCUUCAAAUCUCAACAACAGUUCAUAUACUGCAACAUCCUCGUGAGGAGUCCCGACUUUUGACAACUGUUCCAUUACUGGAGGUCUGUUUGCCUCCAGAGAAACUUGUCAUUCGACGUGGAAGAAGGUUUUAUGAAAAUAACUGGCCUGACCUUCACAAACUACUGAACAAGCCUACAACACUUCUUUUAUAUCCUGGACCAACAGCUGAAAAUAUCAAAUCACUGGAAAAGCUUCCACCUGGUCAACAUUACGAUAUUAUUGUCCUUGAUGGAACAUGGAGACAAGCAAGGGAUAUUUUUGCUAACAAUCCAUUUUUAUGCAAGGCCAGGCAGGUUCAGUUAGAACAUGAUCAUAUUAGCGAAUAUGUGAUUAGAACUCAGCCCAACAGUAAAAGUUUGUGUACCAUCGAAGCGAUCGCUUUAUCAUUAUCACUUCUUGAGGAUAAUGGCGAAAUUGCUGAGGCAUUAAUUCGUCCUCUUAGAGCGUUGUGUAAAAUACAGUUGGACCAUGGUGCAGUGGUACACUUCAAUAAGGACCAUGAAGACGAGAUAAUGUUGAGGGCGCAAAGACAAGCGGAAAAAGACGGACAAAGGAAAAUGAAUGGAGUUAUCGUAACGAACACAGACACUGACGAAGAUAAAAUUCUUCUUGAGAAUACGUGACGUACGUUUCAACUCAAUUAUUUUUUCAUCGGAUGCGGAUAUUUAUUUAUGGAACAACAUGAAAAAUAACAAGAGUUUCAGCAACUACAUAUAACUAGCUGGAAAUGUCGGACAAUUUUAAUAUCGGACAAAAAGUGUCCGAACUUUUUAAGCGUGCGCAAUUGUUAGCGUCCGAAAUAUUUACAGUACAGAAUUAAACUUUUAUUUAGCUCCAAAGUUCUUAGUUUCCUUCUUUUUCCUUUUGGAAGGAGCUCUAGCUGAGACACUGCUUGACAUACGUAACGUCAUGACAGAAUUUGUGCCGUUUUCACAUCUUUGUUUCUGUAAAACCUUGACGGAGCACUUAAACUAUCAUUUUAACAGAUGUUGGUCCAGUCUAAAUUGUGUUUUUUACUACAGUGUAAGUCUAGAUAGUCUAGAUUCAGUCUAAAUUGCAUGUGUUUUUUUACUUUUCAGCUAAGUGUUCGAAAUGUUUGUCCGAAAUUUGCCCGAAGUAAGAUUAAAAAAGUGUCCGAAGUAAUGUAGGACAUUUUAGCCUCCUUUGGUAAAUUUUUCUUUUGCUCUACGGAACUUGUUAAAAAAUUGUUUAAGUCCAAGAUAAGAAAACACCAAAAUUUCACCAUUUUCCGUCCAUAAUAUUUUUGCAUUUCACAUUGUUUUGUAAAGAACGACUAAGAAAUGUGGCAAGGCUUAUAUCGCACGUGCAAAGCCAUUACUGUACUUCUCAUUAACUUUCUCUUUGCCGUUGUGGAAACUUUUGGGAAACGUUUCCAUUCUAAUUAAGUCACUGUGUUCUUACAGGAUGUAGCAAGUUAAGCAUGUAUUCUUAAAUGUGAGACUAGGUUUGUGUGAUAUUCUGCUAGUCUGUUCCGAACUGAAAGCUGCCAUUCUUGUUUGGGUGGAACAAUGCAAAUUAACUGGACGCGUGGACACUGGGUCCUGGUCUUGCAGGGACUUGGGACCCCCGAAUACGAAUUUCCAUGUACUUGUGUUUUGAGAUCGCUCUGUCGAGGAAAUGUAAUGUAAUCUUUUGUUUUGUAUUAUGAAAUAAAUCGUUUGAGGACAUUA